AUGUCCGCACGACGCCAGGCGUCCACGACAUCCCUCUCGAAAUUUGUACGCGCAAACUCUCCAGAGUUCUCCAACCGUUCACUAGACUUCUGUAACGCCUUCUGGGGUCUCGGCGAUGGCGGCGUCGAUGUAUUGUUCGCGCGCAUGCGCGGCGCAUCGCGGACGAUGGAGGAACUGAGGAGUUUCUGGAAGGAGAGAGCUGCGAUUGAGGAGCAGUAUGCAAAGCGGUUGGCAGCUUUGUCCAAGGUCACAUUAGGCAGAGACGAGAUCGGGGAGAUGCGCUUGACGAUGGAUACUCUGAAGGGCGAAACUGAGAAACAGGCGGGGUACCACCAACUAGUUGCGCAGCAGAUCAAGAACGAGCUCGAGGCGCAAGCUGCGGCCUUCGUGAGCAGGCAACAGCAUCACAAGAAAACAAUCCAGAUUGCAAUUGAGCGCGAGUUCAAGACAAAGCAGACGCAGGAGUCUUACGUGCAGAAGGCGCGCGAGAAAUACGAGUCGGAUUGCAUGAAAAUCAACUCGCUUACUGCGCAGAGCACGCUGGAGCAAGGCAAGGAACUGCAGAAGACGCGCGAGCGCCUUGAGCGUGCCCGGCAGACUGUGCGUGCAAACGAACAAGACUUUUCCAACUUCACGCGCGCGUUGCAAGAGACAGUGCGGAAGUGGGAGAUCGAUUGGAAGGCUUUCUGCGACAGUUGCCAGGAUAUGGAGGAGGAGCGGAUGGAAUUCACGAAGGACAAUAUAUGGGCCUAUGCCAAUGCGAUCUCCACAGUCUGUGUGGCGGAUGACGAGUCGUGUGAGAAGGUGCGACUUGCACUGGAAUCGAUGGAGGUCGACCGAGACAUGGAGAACUUCGUGCGCGACUACGGUACAGGAAGCCAGAUACCCGACCCGCCCGUCUUCGUGGACUACUCCAAUCCCAACACGAUCCCCUCUUCUGGGCAGCAGAUUACGACUCGCCCUGCCGCCUUUGUGCGCUCUACCCAGCGCUCCCGGCAAGCACCGCCAUCGCCUCCACCCCCACAAGAGGAAGAGCCGCCUGUCAACAUGACGGGCGUCGGACGGGCUGGUGGACGGCAGACAGAUGGAUCGGAUGUCGGUCCUCAGGGUACGGACAGCAGAAACGGUGCCAGCGCGUACGUCAAUGGCCAUUCAGUCUCCCCGGGACCCGGCGCACCCUCGCGUGGGCCGCCUUCACAAGGCGGUAUGCGCGCCCCAGAACCUCAGGCGGACCCUAUCGACCCGACCGCAGAGACGAUGCUGAAGAUCGGUGAGCGGGCUUACCCUGUGGAUCCCUCACGCGACCCGCAAGGACAGAGGGGCGGCAGCAAAGUAGCCGCGCCACGGCCGCUCAACGUCGGGCAGGAUGAUGAUCCGCUCGCCCAGCAGAUGGUCGCGCUCCAAAAGGGAGGAGGCAGCACACGGCGGCAGAGUCAGUACCAGCCACAGGGCGCGUAUCCGACUUCUACCCCGUCGCCAACGAAACGGGACGCCACGGCGAACAAGCUGUCGCCGCCGCCGGAUGGGUCGAGCCGGAGUGGUCGCAGGAACUCGGUCGACUACCGUCGCUCCGCGGAGAUCGUUGUCGGCGCGCCGCCAGCGUCCGACCGGCGUUCGACGUCGCCCAACCCGUACCCGAAGCACAUGCUCCCGCCGUCGAAUGUAGGUCCAUCGGGGAAUCUGCCCGUGCAGGAGAUUCUGCACGACUACGAGCAGUCGUUCCCUGGUGAGCGCAAGUCUAUAAGCCGGCCGGGCAGUCGUCCUGGGAGUGUCAUUGGGCUGCCAGGGCAGGGUCCGAGCCCCAGCCAGAGCCAGAUACAGUCGACGAGGCCUAUGAGCGGGCAGGCAGGCAUUGGUGCACAAGGACGCAGUCCCAGCCCGCAGCCGUUCGCGCCGCCAUCGCGCAGCACGAGCCCUGCUGUUCCCCAGCCGCCGAACGCUCGUAGGCUGAGCACGAGUAGGGUACCUCCGCCUUCAAUGAACGGUGCCCCCGCGGGGCACCAUGCCACGUCAUCUGUGAGCUCUGUGCGCCCUGGCACUGGCACGAUCCAGGUGCCGCAGCCAUCGGCGCAGCACCAGCGCCCGACGAGCCCCAAUAGCGUCGGCAUCGUGCUGGACCCCACAGGUCGCGUAGCACUAGACGAGAUGGCGAGCAGGUACCAGCCGCCGCCGCCACAGCAGCCGCAGUACGGCCGGCCUCCUCAGCAACAACCGCCUGCGACGCAGGUGCAACGGCAGCCGACGUACAACACGCCGGGCUACCCGCAGCAGCCCGUUGCGGGACACGUCCAGCAGCCGUCGCACGGACCUCCUGUUCCGUACGGGGGACCGCCGCAGACAAUCGCGGCACCCAACUACUACCCGCCUCAGCCGCCGCCGCCCCAGCAGCAGUACGGCCAGCAGCCACCGCCGCCGGUGCAGUACCAGCAGCCUCACCAGCAGCAGCCAUCGUACCAGCAGCCGAACGGGUACCAGUCGGGCGUGGUGCCGUCGCAGCAGCGCACGCCGUCGGGGUACUUUGGGCAGGAUCCGUAUGGCCAACAGCAGCAGCAGCAGUACAGGGCGCCGAGUCCGGCGAGGGCCCCGUCGCCGCAGCCUCCGCCUGGGCAGGCGCCGCCGCCGCCGACCGGGGCGUACACAGAGGAUGGGCGUGGUAUCCUGUUCUAUGUGAAAGCGAUGUACGACUACCAGGCGACGAUCGAGGAAGAGUUCGACUUCCAGGCGGGGGACAUCAUUGCAGUUACUGCGACGCCCGAAGACGGAUGGUGGUCCGGCGAACUGCUCGACGAGCAGCGGAGGCAGCCCGGCCGCCAUGUAUUCCCGAGCAACUUCGUGUGCCUCUUCUGA